AUGGGCAACUGCACCAAGACCCCUGAGCGGCUCCCCAAGGAUGGGAAGCCACACUCCGGGUCCCCAAAUCCUGGCGGUGGGGACCCCGAGAGGGGGGGGGAAGCGGCGCAGUCCCCCCCGCUGCAGAACUAUUCGGUGCUGCAGGGGCUGGUGGGGCCGGCCUGCAUCUUCCUGCGGCAGAGCAUCGCCAUCACCCAGCUGGACCGAGAGCUGCGGCCUGAAGAGAUCGAAGAGCUGAAGCAGGCCUUCCGGGAAUUCGACAAGGAUCGAGAUGGAUUCAUCAGCUACAAGGAUCUAGGCGAGUGCAUGCGGACCAUGGGCUACAUGCCCACCGAGAUGGAGCUCAUCGAGCUGUCCCAGCAGAUCACCGGGGGCAAGGUGGAUUUUGACGACUUUGUGGAGCUGAUGGGCCCCAAGAUGCUGGCGGAGACGGCGGACAUGAUCGGGAUCAAGGAGUUGCGUGACGCCUUCCGCGAGUUCGACGCCAACGGGGACGGGCAGAUCAGCACGGCCGAGCUGCGGGAGGCCAUGAGGAAGCUGCUGGGGCAGCAGCUCAACUACCGGGAGGUGGACGAGAUCCUGAAGGAUGUGGACAUCAACGGGGACGGCCUGGUGGACUUUGAAGAGUUUGUGCGGAUGAUGUCACGCUGAGGUGCGUGUCAGGAUGGGACCCGAGACCCCUCCAUGCCUUACCCCAGAGGAGGGGGCUGCGGAGGAGACACGGCGGGGGCCGUGCCGGUGAGGAGAGGGGCGAGACCCCGGCUCCUUCAGCUCCGGAGGUGCUCAAACUCACCCUCAGCCCAGGGCAAACCCACCUCAUAGGGCACCGGGGCUGCCACCGCGCCCCUUUUCACUUCAGACUUGGCCCCCAUCUCCCCUCUCACCUCACCUGCUGUUCCCCAAAACUCCGACACGCUGGUUCCCUGCGCCCCAUCCCGGCCAGCUCAUCCCAUCCAAGGCCGAGCUCUCCCACGGUGACCCCCCUGCUCCCUCCAUUUUGGGCUGACCCCACAACGUAACCAGUCCCCCCAUUACCGUGGUUGGAGCUCACAACUUACCCCCCCACUCUCCCUUCCUGGUCCCGGGGACACGUCUCCCUGCACCCCAGAGCUGAGCUGGGGGGCAGCGUGGACCCUCGUCGAUGCUCCAUCUGGACCCCUGGCCCAGGGGAGACUCUGCAGGGCUUUGGUACCCUGGGGCUGGGACACUCUGGAGGAAAGAAGCUGGGAAAAUACAGAAGCCGGGAGUCAAAAAGAAGUCGGGAAUCAAGUAUUUAGGGAGCAGAGGUGGGAAGGGGAGAGCUGCACCCACCGCCGGGCAGGCUCCCCACCCGGGAGGUAAUUUGGGGUAAUUUUUUGCACCUCUGAGUUACAGAAAUCCUCUGUUUUUCCAAGUGAUGCUCCUCAACUGGGCAGGGGCUGAACAAAUGUAUGAAUUUUGUUCACUCUUUACCCUUUCGAAAUGAAAAUCUCUCUGUGGGCUGUUGUUUGUCCUUAUGUUGUAUAAACAUAUAUUAUGUAUAAA